AUGACUUCAAUGGCAGCCGAGUCCGUGGCCACGAUUCUCUGCACGGCAAAGCAGACUCGUUUCAACAUUGAUAGCUCCAACUACCGCGAACUCGACAUUGAUGGCCUCAACAUCGUCGUCACUUCUGGCGAGAAGGCGUCCAAAUCCGAAAAGUCAUCUAGCAAAUCAAAAGGCAAAGCGAAAUCAGAUGGCUUGGAGAUUCUUUCGAAUGCCAAACUGCGGCUGAAGGAGGGUCAGCGGUAUGCCCUUGUUGGGCGGAAUGGCACGGGAAAGUCGACGCUGCUCAAGGCUAUCGCGCAGAAGCUCAUCCCAGGAAUCCCAGAAGACUCUAGGAUUGCGCUGCUGCAGCAGACGAAGCUUACCGAGUCCGAGGACGAUAGGACGACAGAGGAGAGCAGUGGCAAAGGCAGUGUACUGCAGGAGGUCAUUGAGCGUGCCACGGCACGGAGCGUGGUUGAGCAGGAAAUCAAAGUUCUCUCAGAAGCUGUCAACGCUUCGGAUCCCUACGCCCCUGUUCGAGCUCUGAGAAACCUGAAGCACGGAAAGCUUCAGCAACGCCUCUUUCUCGUCGACAAAGAGGCCAGACUUCGAAGCGGUGCCCGGGGACUUCAGGCCAGGAAAGCUCUGGUGGCCUUUGAAAAGAUUGUUGCAGAUUCGCAAGCCCUACUAGAUCAACCAGACGAUGAAGUCUCCGCCGAAGCCCUCCAAGCAGAGACCCAGGAGGCAGCCGACAUGCUCGCAGAUCUGCAAAGCCAGAUCGAACCGUCACGGCUCGCUCAGAUCGAAAUACAAGCUCGGAACAUUCUCACAGGUCUUGGUUUUACAGAGGCAUACUGGGAGAAGCCUCUGUCCAGCCUCUCCGGUGGCUGGCACAUGCGGACUGCACUGGCCUCGGCUCUGCUUCAAGAGGCUGAUAUCAUGAUCCUCGACGAACCGACCAACUUUCUAGAUUUACUGGGAAUCGUCUGGCUGCAGCGAUAUCUCCUCUCGUUAGCCGACAAAGAGAAGCCCCCUACACUGAUCCUCGUCUCUCACGACCGCGACUUUAUCUCCCUCUGCACUGAUCUCAUCAUUCUCAAGGACAAGCAGCUCACGUACUUCCACGGCGACAUCCAGACCUACGAACGCUCCCAAUCCGAACGUCGUCAAUGGCUCACCAAGAUGAAAGAAGCCCAAGACAAACAAAGAGCUCACAUCGAAAAGACUAUAGCUCAGAACCUCAAAGCCGGCAAGGCAAAUGACGACCAGAAUAAGAUCCGACAAGCCAAGUCCCGGCAAAAGAAGCUCGACGACCGCUGGGGCAUGCAGGUCAGCGCCAAGGGCACCCGCUUCAAGCUGAAUCGGGAUCUCGUGGGCUUUUUCCUGACGAGUCGCGAGGGAAUUGAUAUUCCGCCCGAGCAGAGACCCGUUGUGAUUUCACUGCCAGAACCGCCUGAGCUGAGGUUUCCAGGGUCGCUCAUUUCACUGGAGAAGGCUUCGUAUCGGUACUCUCCCAAGGCGCCCCUGAUUCUGCAGGAUGUUACGCUUACUGUUGGGAUGGGCGACCGGAUCGGCAUUCUGGGUUUGAACGGGGCGGGCAAAUCGACGCUCAUCAAGCUGCUCGUCGGAGAGUCCGCGCCGACAUCUGGUACUCUGACGACGCAUCCUCGUCUAAGGAUGGGAUACUACUCGCAGCAUGCAGUAGAAGAGCUCAAGAACAUUGGCCGUUCCGAGCAGGGCAUUACUUCACUGGCCCUGUUUACAAAGGAGGUGGAGGGGGCACUGAAUGAAGGUGAGAUACGUGGUUUAUUGGGGACCCUGGGACUGCCUGGCCGGCUCGCAUCGGACGUUCCCAUUUCCAAGCUUUCUGGUGGUCAACUGGUGCGGUGCCAGCUGGCGAGGCUGUUCUGGAAACAUCCGCAGUGUCUGAUCCUCGAUGAAGUCACCACGCAUCUCGACUAUGAGACGGUGACGGCUCUACGGGAGGCACUGAACGAAUGGGAGGGCGCCGUGGUGCUUGUGAGUCACGACAGGUGGUUCAUGCGAGGGGCCAUUGAAGGACAAGUAGAGGAUGACGGCGAUGACGACGACGAAGAUGACGACGAGGAGGAGGAAGCGAAGCGGAGAAGAAUCGUCUAUCGGCUGAAAGGGGGAGCAUUGACUGAGCUCAAGGAUGGCGUGGAAGGAUUCUCACGCAUUGUCGAGAAGAGGGUCAAGAACUUGUUAGAAGGUCUAUAA